AUGGCCGCCACCGCCGAGGUUCGCUUCAAGAAUGACCAUGACUAUCAGACGUCGUUCCGCGAUGUCAGCGGCCGUCCGCCAUCAAUCGCGAGCUCAACGCCCUCGCGCGAGGAGACGCUCGUCGCCGCAGGCAUCGGCCACCGCCCCGACGACCCCGAGAUGCCGUGCCUGACGAUCCGCAUGUGGACCAUUGGCAUCGCCUUUUGCCUCAUCGGCAGCGGCGUCAACACCCUCUUCACCUUUCGCUUCCCCGCCGUCACGCUCUCCCAGUCGGCCAUCCAGCUGCUGUCGUACCCCGUCGGCCGCGCCUGGCACCUGCUGGUCCCGGACUGGGGCCUGACGGUCCUCGGCACCCGCCACAGCCUCAACCCGGGCCCGUUCAACUACAAGGAGAACAUCCUCAUCUACAUCCUGGCCAACCUGAGCUUCCUGACGCGGCUGAGCGCCGACGUGCUGACGGAGCAGCGCGUCUUCUACGGGCUCAACCUGGGAUGGGGCUUUGAGAUUACCAUUACUCUCGCCACGCUGCUCUUUGGCUUCGCGCUGGCGGGACUGUCGCGCUCCGUCAUUGUUGAGCCCCCGCGCUUGAUUUGGCCGGGCGUGCUGGGCAACACGGCGCUCAACUCGGCGCUGCACCCCAUCGAGAAGAGUUACAAGAGCGAGUAUGGUGUUGAUGAUGUGGAAACGACGGUCACGGGCGAUAUAUCCAACAGGGCGAGAUACCGCUUCUUCCUCAUGGCAUUUGCAGUGUCGUUCACCUGGUACUGGUUCCCCGACUUCAUCUUCCCGGCCCUCGGCUACUUUACCUGGGUCUGCUGGAUCGCGCCAAAGAACGCCGUUGUCAACCAAAUCUUUGGCAUGAAGAGUGGCAUUGGUCUUUUGCCGUUUACCUUUGACUGGGCUCAAAUCGCCUACAUUGGCUCGCCACUCGUCAUCCCGACCUGGGCCAUCCUCAACAUUGCCGCAUCCCUCAUCUUUUGGAUCUACAUCAUCACGCCCGCUAUUUACUACAGCAACACCUGGUUUACCGCCUAUCUGCCCAUGCAGACCAACGCCAUCUUUGACAACAUGGGCAAGGUGUACAACGUUUCUCGCGUUAUUGACAAAAAGGACGGAUUCGUGCUCGAUCUGGCCAAGUACCACGCCUACUCCCCCAUCUACCUACCCGUCACGUAUGCCCUCAACACUUUUGGCCUGUGCUUCGCCAGCAUCUCGUCACUCAUUGUGUGGCUGGUGCUAGAGAAGCGCCAUGAGAUUUACGAGGGUUUCUGCAACUCGUCGCUGGCCGUCACCCUGCGCCUGGCGCCCAGGACGGAAAAGACGGUCCAGGAGCAGGCGUAUGGAACGGUGCCGACGUGGUGGUAUCUCCUUGCUACUGCUCUCUCCAUUGGCGUGGGCAUCUUUGCUUGCGAGUACUAUCCGGUACAGCUACACUGGUACGGUGUGCUCUUGGCUAUGCUCAUCUCUGCCUUUUUCUUUAUUCCCCUCGCAUGGCUCUAUGCCACGACCAACAUCAAAAUCCAAAUUGACAUCUUCUGCCGCCUUGUUGCAGGGUACAUUUGGGAGGGCAAGGUAUUGGCCAACAUUUGGUUCUUCAACAUUGGCUAUAUUUCGGGUAUCAAAGGUCUCGCGUUUGCGCAAGACUUGAAGCUCGGAGUGUACUGCAAUAUUCCUCCUCGAAAGCUCUUCACUGUCCAAAUCGUCGGCAUCAUCAUGGGCACGCUCGGUCAAGUCGCUGUGCUAGAGUGGGCGCUUAACAAUAUUCCCAACAUUUGCACCAACAAGGCCGACAACGGCUUCACGUGUCCCUUUUCCCGCACGCACUUCAACACCAGCAUGGUCUGGGGCGCCAUUGGUCCGCGCCGCUUUUUCGCCAACGGCGCCCUGUACCGUGACUUGCUCUGGUUCUUCCUCCUCGGCGCCCUGCUUCCGCUUGUCGUCUACGGUUUGAAGCAUUACGUCUUCCCCAAGACAAAGUGGCUCAAGCAGAUCCACAUCCCGCUCUUCCUCGGCGGCCUCAACUACAUUCCGCCCGCUUCCGGCACCAACUAUGGCAGCUGGGUCAUUGUCGGUCUCGUGUUUGGUCUUUUGAUCAAGCAACGCAAGAGGGUGUGGUGGAAAAAAUACAACUUUAUUCUCAGCUCGGCCAUGGACUGCUCCGUGGCCAUUGCGGGCAUCUUGAUCUUCUUCUCCAUCUUCUACACGGGGGCGGCGGGUCACUUCAAGUGGUGGGGAACACAAGUGUACAAGAAUACUUGUGAUUGGAAGGGCUGCACCUACAAAGUCCUGGCCAAGGGAGAGAAGAUUCAGUAA